AAAGGCAAAAAGAAGUCUGGAUUUUGUUCGCUGACUACCGAAGCUGUAGCUACCUCUUUCAUUCUCUCUCAACGAUAUAUCGAUUUUCUAAACUGUGUUUUUUCGUCUAGUUUCUUUGUCAAGUAUGGCUCGCAAGAAGAUCAGAGAGUAUGACUCAAAGAGACUGGUGAAAGAACACUUCAAAAGGCUCUCUGGUCAAGAAUUGCCUAUCAGAUCCGUUCAGAUUAACCAAGAGACUGAUCUGAAUGAGCUAGUUGAGAAAGAACCUUGGCUCUCAUCUGAGAAGCUUGUGGUGAAACCUGAUAUGUUGUUUGGAAAGCGUGGCAAAAGUGGUUUGGUUGCUCUGAAAUUAGAUUUCGCUGAUGUUGCAACUUUUGUGAAAGAACGCUUGGGCAAAGAGGUAGAGAUGAGUGGAUGCAAAGGACCCAUAACAACAUUCAUUGUUGAACCAUUUGUCCCACACAAUGAGGAGUUCUAUCUUAAUAUUGUCUCCGAUAGACUUGGCUGCAGCAUUAGCUUUUCAGAGUGCGGAGGCAUUGACAUCGAGGAGAACUGGGACAAGGUCAAGACCAUAUCUAUACCGACGGGUGCUUCCCUGACACCUGAGAUAUGUGCACCUCUUGUUGCAACCCUUCCUCUAGAGAUCAAAGGGGAACUUGAAGAUUUUAUUCAAGUUAUUUUUACCUUAUUCGAAGAUCUUGAUUUCACUUUCUUGGAGAUGAAUCCUUUCACAUUGGUUGAUGGAAAGCCUUAUCCUCUAGAUAUGAGGGGUGAGCUUGAUGACACCGCUGCUUUCAAAAACUUUAAGAAGUGGGGCGACAUUGAAUUCCCUAUGCCAUUUGGAAGAGUGAUGAGUUCAACAGAGAGCUUCAUCCACGGUCUAGAUGAGAAGACAAGUGCGUCUUUGAAGUUCACUGUUCUGAAUCCCAAGGGAAGGAUUUGGACUAUGGUAGCUGGAGGAGGUGCAAGUGUCAUCUAUGCCGAUACUGUUGGAGAUCUCGGGUAUGCAUCUGAGCUUGGAAAUUAUGCUGAAUACAGUGGAGCACCCAAAGAAGACGAGGUUUUGCAGUACGCGAGAGUCGUUAUCGAUUGUGCUACAGCGAAUCCGGAUGGAAAAAGUAGAGCUCUGGUAAUCGGAGGAGGAAUUGCUAACUUCACCGAUGUUGCUGCCACCUUCAAUGGCAUAAUCCGAGCUCUCAAGGAAAAGGAAGCAAAGCUGAAAGCAGCAAGGAUGCAUAUAUUUGUGAGGAGAGGAGGACCAAACUACCAAAAGGGACUUGCUAAAAUGAGAUCACUUGGAGAUGAAAUCGGUGUCCCCAUCGAGGUGUAUGGUCCUGAAGCAACAAUGACAGGUAUUUGCAAGGAGGCAAUCCAGUACAUCACUGCGGCUGCAUAAGCCUUUACAAUCUUAUCACUUACUUUCAAAACACUCUUAGCGUUUCUUGAAUUUGAGACUUGUGUUUGAAUUAUGUUUCACCUCUAAAUGUUUCUCACUAUUCAUAAAUAAUAAACAAGUAUCUUCUUU